CCUCUUCCUCUCUCAUUGCUCAGCCUCUCCAGUAUUUUCUCCAUUGCCGUGCGAGGCAGAACACACACACACACUGACACACUCACGGGCGGCAGGAUGUCCAUCAUCAGCAUCAUUGCCAGGGAGAUCUUGGACUCCCGUGGAAACCCCACAGUGGAAGUGGAUCUUCGCACAGAAAAAGGUCUGUUCAGGGCUGCAGUGCCCAGCGGGGCAUCCACAGGGAUCUACGAGGCUCUGGAGCUACGAGAUGGAGACAAAAGUCGCUUCAAGGGAAAAGGUGUUUUGAAGGCAGUUGGACACAUCAAUGAUUCUCUGGCACCAGCCCUCAUUGCCUCUGGUAUCAGUGUGGUGGAGCAGGAGCAGUUGGACAACAUGAUGAUUGAAAUGGAUGGCACAGAAAACAAAUCGAAGUAUGGAGCUAAUGCCAUUUUGGGAGUAUCCCUUGCCAUCUGUAAAGCCGGUGCAGCAGAGAAGGAAGUCCCACUGUACCGCCACAUAGCCGACUUAGCUGGAAACACAGAGCUUGUGCUGCCGGUUCCUGCUUUCAACGUGAUAAAUGGAGGAUCUCACGCAGGAAACAAACUUGCCAUGCAGGAGUUCAUGGUUCUGCCUGUUGGGGCCGAGUCUUUCAAGGAGGCCCUGAGGAUAGGAUCAGAGCUCUACCACACACUGAAAGGCGUGAUUCAUGAGAAAUACGGCCAGGAUGCCAUUAAUGUUGGAGAUGAGGGAGGGUUUGCUCCCAACAUCUUGGAGAACAGUGAGGCACUGGACCUGCUGCAGACUGCCAUAGAGAAAGCAGGUUUCACAGAUAAAGUUGUCGUUGGGAUGGAUGUGGCCGCCUCAGAGUUCUACCGCGAGGGCAAGUACGACCUGGACUUCAAAUCCCCGCCAGAUUCGUCCCGACACAUCAGUGCAGAAGAGCUGGCUGAUAUCUACCAAAGCUUCGUCAAUAAUUACCCAGUGGUUUCUAUCGAGGACCCGUUUGACCAGGAUGAUUGGGAAGCCUGGUCCCGUCUGACGGCCCAAGUGGGGAUUCAGGUCGUUGGAGACGACUUGACGGUGACCAACCCAAAGAGAAUAGAGAAAGCUGCUGAGGAGAGAGCAUGUAAUUGUCUGCUGCUCAAAGUAAACCAGAUCGGCUCCGUCACUGAAGCAAUACAGGCAUGCAAGCUGGCCCAGGCCAAUGGUUGGGGUGUGAUGGUCAGCCAUCGCUCAGGGGAGACAGAGGACACCUUUAUUGCUGACCUGGUGGUGGGACUCUGCACUGGACAGAUUAAGACUGGCGCCCCCUGCAGAUCUGAGCGAUUGGCCAAAUACAACCAGCUCAUGAGGAUCGAGGAGGAGUUGGGCGACCAGGCUCGCUUCGCAGGCCAUAACUUCAGGAACCCAAGUGUCCUGUGAAACCAGCUGACGGACGAGACUGACUCACACACUCAACGCACGCAAAAUGCCCACGCAAACUGACACAAACGACUAACAAGGAAUGAGCCAUGUACAAAGAAAGAUCACUCAAAUUCAGGAGAAAUACAAUCGCAAAAGAGCCAAGCGAAAGAAAUGAAUUAAUUAUGCACUCGACUGGAAAGAAGGGAGGUAAUGCUGUAUGCAGACACACACUGACACACAGAUGCAACACCUGAAAACACACAUGCAGGGGAAGACUUAAAAAAAAAACACUAGAAUCUAUAAGCCAGACAUGCACUGUUACUGUAGGAAUAGUUCAUGUACAGCCAGGAGACUGGCCUGCAAAAAUAAAGAUUAUUA